UGCGCCACUGCACCAUGUCCGGGCAGCUGGAGCGCUGCGAGCGCGAGUGGCACGAGCUGGAGGGCGAAUUUCAGGAACUGCAGGAAACCCACAAGAUCUAUAAGCAGAAGCUGGAGGAGCUGACCGCCCUGCAGACUUUGUGUAGCGGCUCCAUCAACAAGCAGAAGAAGCGGCUCAAGGACUUGAAGUACGCACUCCAGAAGUACAAAUGCCAUGCCAGCCGGGAGGAGGCGGAGCUUGUUCAGCAGAUGGGUGCCAACAUCAAGGAGCGGCAGAAUGUCUUCUUCGACAUGGAGGCCUACCUGCCCAAGAAGAAUGGGCUCUACUUAAACCUGGUUCUGGGCAACGUGAACGUGACCCUCCUCAGCAACCAGGCCAAGUUCGCCUACAAGGACGAGUACGAGAAGUUCAAGCUCUACCUGACAAUAAUCCUGCUCCUCGGUGCUGUGGCCUGUCGAUUUGUCCUUCACUAUAGGGUGACGGAUGAAAUCUUUAACUUCCUGCUCGUGUGGUAUUACUGCACCCUGACGAUUCGGGAGAGCAUUCUCAUCAGCAAUGGCUCAAGGAUCAAAGGCUGGUGGGUGUCCCACCACUAUGUGUCCACGUUCCUGUCCGGAGUGAUGCUGACUUGGCCCAACGGACUCAUUUACCAGAAGUUUCGCAAUCAGUUCUUAGCAUUUUCCAUCUUUCAGAGCUGUGUCCAGUUCCUACAAUACUAUUACCAGAGAGGCUGCCUGUACCGGCUGCGGGCCCUAGGGGAGCGGAAUCACCUGGACCUCACAGUGGAAGGAUUCCAGUCCUGGAUGUGGCGGGGUCUCACCUUCCUCCUGCCUUUCCUCUUCUGUGGCCACUUCUGGCAGCUCUACAAUGCCAUCACACUGUUUGAGCUCUCCAGCCACGAGGAAUGCCAAGAAUGGCAGGUGUUUGUCUUGGCACUCACGUUCCUUGUCCUCUUCCUGGGUAACUUCCUCACCACGCUCAAAGUCGUGCACGCCAAACUCCAGAAGAACAGAGACAAGAUGAAGAAGCCGUGAGCC